AUGUCCUCUCCAUCUCAACAAUCUAUCAAAGGGAAAGGAAAGACAAACCUACGACCAUCAAAAGCUCUAGGGUCAGAAUUUGAUGAAAAACCAUUAUGGAAUCAUGUAAAGGUUCUUAGCCUACCAGUACGUGGAGGUAGAAACAGAACCUGGUCUUGCAAUUACUGCAACAAAAAGGUUACUGGAUCCUAUUCAAAAGUGAAGGGUCAUUUAUUGAAGAUUCCUAAUCAAGGGGUUGAAGCUUGCAAGUCUAUCAAUAAUGAUGUAUUUCAAGCAUUAAAGAAGGAACAUGGCCAUUCUGAAAGCAAAAAAGCUCAAGAAGAAUUGAAUGUGAGAAAGAAGGAAGAUUAUUUGUCCUUACCUGAAGGAUCAGAUUUGUUGCAAUGCAAAAAAAGAAGGGCAUCAGCUCCAGGAGUGCUGGAAAAUGCAUUUAAUGUAGCACAAAGAGAUGUGGCAGAUAAGCAAGCUGCUCGCAUGUUCUAUGUGUCUGGUUUAUCCUUCAACUUGGCAAGGUGCCCUCACUUCAGAAAAUAUUCACUCACAUUAGCCAACAGCAAGUUAUCUAGCUAUACUCCAACAUUUGAUAGAUUACAAACAACAUUGCUAACCCAAGAGAAAGCACAUGUGAAUCGCAAGCUCCAACCGAUAAAAGAUACUUGGAAAAAGAAAGCCAUGUCCCUUUGUUCUGAUGGGUGGUCGGAUAGACAACGAAGGCCACUGAUAAACAUAAUGGCUACAUCAGUAAAUGGUGCAAUGUUUUUAAAGGCAAUUGAUGCAAGUGGCAACAUAAAGGAUGCUGAUUAUGUAACAAAUCUGUUCAAACCCAUGAUCCAAGAAGUGGGUUCACAAAAUGUUGUUCAAGUGAUUACUGAUAAUGGAAGUAACUUCAAGGCUGCUGGGGCCAUAAUUGAAGGUAUAUAUCCUCACAUAUUUUGGACUCCAUGUGUUGUGCAUUGCCUAAAUUUAGCUUUAAAAAGUAUUUGUGAACCAUCUGAAAAUUCACCUCAAUUUGCUGAAUGUAAAUGGAUUGCUGAUUUGGUGAGUAGUGUGCAAAAUAUAAGAAAUUUCAUUGUUAACCAUGGCAUGGUACUUUCAAUUUUCAACAAUUACUCGGAAUUGGGUUUGCUAAGAGUAGCGGAAACAAGAUUUGCAUCAAGCAUUAUUAUGGCAAAACGCAUAAGGGAAGUGAAGGAUGCACUUGAGAAGAUGGUGAUGGAUCCAAGUUGGAGAAUGCAUCUAAAAUGGGAUGGAAAAUCAGCAAUUGAAAUCAAGGCUAGGGAAGUUAAAAUUUCCAUUGUGAGUGAUAGUUGGUGGGCUGAUUUGGAAUAUCUCUUGGAUUUUACUGAGCCUAUUGUUGAAUUUCUAAGGUUAGCAGACACUGAUGCUCUUGUUCUCCAUUUGAUUUAUGAUAUGUGGGACACAAUGAUUGAGAAAGUUAAAUCUAGAAUAUUUGGACAUGAAAAACAAAAUCUGCUCACUGGCCAAUCUAAUUUCUUUGACGUCAUUCACAAUAUUUUGGAGACACGAUGGAAUAAAAGCAACAAUCCACUGCAUUUUUAUAUCGAAUAUGGAGCUUUUUCAAGUGGAUCUGGUUACUUUAAUGAGCCUCAUGUUAUUGAUGCAAAAUUGUAUGAGGAACCAAUUUCAUGGUGGGCUAAUCAUGGUGCUUCAACACCAAUGUUACAAGCUUUAGCAUUCAAGUUGCUUUCACAGCCCGCAUCAUCAUCUUGUUGCGAAAGAAAUUGGAGUACAUAUUCUCUUAUUCAAAGCAUCAAAAGAAACAGAUUGACUACAAGUAGAGCUGAGGAUUUGGUCUUUGUACAUUGCAACCUCCGUCUCUUGUCAAGAAAAAAGAAAGAAUACAAGGAAGGGCCAACAAAGUAUUGGGACUUGUGUGGUGAUAAGUUUGAUAUUGAUGGUAAUACUCUUGGGGAACUUGUGGAGCUUUCCAUCAAUGAGCCUGAGUUAGAGCUUAUAACAUUUGAUGAAGAGUUUGAAGAGAGUACUACCUUAGGGAGUGAAGCAACUGAAGAAUUCCAACAAGGAAUGAUGGAUUGA